AGAUUAAAAAUCUUCAACACUCACUAUCACACAGCUCUCUCGCUAUCUCCUCUACUUCUCGGAUUUCUCCUUCCAUGUCCCAAAAACCCCAACGGUCACAUUUCCACCAGCCUCUUAUUAAAACCCUCCAAAUUCCCACCUUAGAGCCGUUUCUUUCUUUUCUCAUUCGUUAUAAAGACACCGAAAUCUUAGUUAUUACCAGUUUCUUUUUCUUGAUUAUAUAACAUGUCUGGGUCUCUGCUUUUGGUGUUCCUUCUAGUAGCCUUCUCGCUUCCUCGCUCUUUAAGGGGCCAAAACGGUAUCGCGCCAAGGGAUCUCUGGUGUGUCGCUAAGAACAACGCCGACGACCAGGCCCUGCAGGGAGCGAUCGACUGGGCGUGUGGCCCCGGCGGAGCCGACUGUAGUCCCAUCCAGCAAGGUGCGCCUUGCUAUGAUCCUAAGGAUAUUCAGACGACGGCGUCCUGGGCUUUUAAUGAUUAUUACCUGAAGCAUGGGUUGACUGAUGAUGCUUGCUUCUUUAGCAACUCUGCUGCUCUCACUUCCUUAAACCCUAGCCAUGGCAAUUGCAAAUUUCCUUCCAGCCUAUCGGUGAACAAUGAGAGCAUUUCUGGUUCAACAACGACAACGACAAUUGGAAUGGGGCCAGACAGUGCAGAUUUGAGCGGAAGUAAUCAGAUCGCGAGCACAUGGUUUUGGCCCAUUAUCACCAGUCAUCUGUUUGUGGCGCUUGCUACAAUAAUUGGAUCAUAGCAGAGAGCUAAUUUUGAUUCCUUAUUCAUUUAUGCAGUUUUUAGGAGAAAUUGUUGAGGCCAAAGCAAAGGCUUUUGUUAAGAAGAAAGACAUUUAGGAUUUAAAGUAUCGAUCCAUGGUAUAUUUUCUUGUUCAGUAAGUUCCGGGGAAUCCUCUUCCACUUCUGUUUUACCUUAGCUUUGUAAUUUAUCAGCAAAGUGAAGUAUAUUCAAAUCUUGAGCCUGUUCUUUCAACAAUGUUAGAGAUGCCUUGACAUCAGAAAGCAGUUUUUUAAGCUUAAAAUCUCAGGGUUUUUUCUGCA